AUGCCCUUUAUGGGUGCCGCAGCGGAGAGGGCCGAUGGUGAUCCACCGCCUGCCGUGUGCCAGGCGUUGUCGACCCAGCGGUUCGGCCAGUGGGAGGUCGCUUUGAAUUUCAUCAUCCAGAUCUCCAUAAUGCGGCGUGACUGGUUCGCUGAAAUUGAUCGGAUGGUGGAGUGGUUACGUGGGGAGGGCAUGCCCAAGCCAGUGUAA